GGUAAGCGGUUGCAAUCAUCACGGUCAGUCUGCUUCUCCACUUCCUUUUUUUUCUUUCUUUUUCUUCAUCGUCAUCUCCCCCCUCCCCUCCCCCCCAAUUCCGCCUCAUCACGCCCUAUUUUUGUGCUUUUAUAAAAAAAAAAUCCAUUUUUUCCAUCAACGCCACGCUUCCCCUCCCCCCGCCGCGAGAGAGAAUUUUCGGGUGGCGACGUUGUGUAGUCCGAGUUCGGCCGUUGCCGCAAGUCUUGCACUUUCUCGAGGCUGACAAAAAUUUGCAACCUCCACAGAUCGUAAACUAUUACCCAUCGCCAAGAAGGGUCGCCCAGUCUCUCAAUGCAACCACUGUCGUUCGAUGCGGAAGUCCCGCUCUGCUCACGUCAAAUGCGACUGCGGUGAACGGAUCGCGGCGCUGAAGGAGGCUGCGAAAAACGGCAUCAGACCCGCCGCUCUGUCUACAGUCGGGGGAGAGAACACUGUCGGAUGUGCCGGCGGCGCUAUCGGAGGCGCCAUAGUGGGCGGGCCAGGAGGAUCGCACACGGGGGUAGCUGUCGCGGCGGCGCCUUUAGGUGAUGAUUCCAAAAGUGUUUCAAUCUCAUGCUCGUGCUCCCUCGGCGGCCAUUGCACAUGUGCACUGAAGAAGGAACCGCAGCUUCUCGAUGCCGUGCCUGAAUUCUCGGAGCCACCGGCGUCCUGUGGGAUUCCCGCACCGGAAGUCCGCACGAAGCCACGGUUGCAGAUGACACACUCGGAAAGCUCACUCACCAUGUUCGCCAACGGACACCACAAACCCACGCACAAGCAUCACAGCAGUGUUCAUGGGUCCUCGCCGUACAGUAUCCCGACGGUAGGGCACUCGGGCCACACGUUUGGCGAGCACAACGGAUGCACUAAGGCACCGGGAUCGGGACCACCGUCCACGUCGUCGCAGAAGUCAUCUCGACGUAUCAAGUCGGAGCAGUCGUCGCCGGACCUGCGCACAUAUCCGGCCCUUCAGAUGACUAACACCGGCAUCACGCCGCUGGAGUUGACUCCACGCCCACCACGACCGGCAAAGCCCGCAUUGAAUCGCACGGCAUCGGGACGCAUCCAGACAGGUCUGAGUGUGAACACGAAUCACCAAUCGUUCUCGACGCUUCAUGAUUUCUCGAGCCAGGAAGUGCUCCCAUCGGCCGACUCGGAACACGGCUACUUCUCAGCAGGGCUGUAUCCCCCCCAGUCCGCCGGAUGGCCUCCGUCGUUCUCGCACUACGAUAGCUCCACCUCCUUUGAGGAUUCAUUGGCCGAGCCUACGAUGGAUCUGGAAACAUUUCUGAGAUUGCAUGCCCCACCCGCAUUGACCAAUUCAACAUCGGGUGACGAACGGGAAGACAUGGGCUUUGGCGGUCCGAGUCCACCGUACAACUUUGGCAACGGAACAAUGUCGUCCAACUCGUCGGACCACGCCGAGUCGGACCAGUAUCACAUCAGUGCAGCAUCAUCGUACGUGGGAUUACCGCAGAUGGCAGCAGACAUGGCACAGGUCAGCAACGGAGGCUUCGACGUCGGCGAAUUCGACCGAUUGCUGGUUUCUUCGGCCGCGCUUCCUUCCGCCUCGGGGAUCGACUCCUUCGAAGCAGGGAUGGUCGCUGGCGUGGACGGUCUGUUCGAUGCAGGGGAUCUGGGUCUCGGUGGUUACGGCAGCUCGGCCAGUUUCUCGGAGCUGAGCAUGAGCUCGGACCACCUCUCGAUGGCGUCCAAGGCGAUGGAUUCGGGGUCCAUGGUAUCACCACCUGCGAUUCCACCAACAGAGGAUGAAGGAUAUCUGUGGAUGGCUCCGUGGUCGGGUGCGAAUGGCCCUUUGUAGAUGAGGGGAGAAUGUUACUUUUUGUCCAUUUACCCCUUUCUGGCUUUUUUGUCUUCCCAUUCGUGUGGUUCUUUGCGAGUCUUGUUUGACAUGGAGUUGGGAUUGAUUAUGUUGUGCUGUGGGUUCAACACUACGCUCUAUAUUCUACUUCAUGUGUUGGGGGAGGAGAGAGAGUGUGGGGAUGACCUCGAUUGAGGGGAUUGAGCUACCGGCUGUGCGGGAACAGUUGUAUAGAAAGACGGUUCGGUGUGUGUUGUGCCAUGAUUGGAUUGAGGGUUCUCUCUAUUUCUCUCUCUGUGUCUGUCUCUAUCCCACUCUCACUCUCAUAGUGGUGUAUCGAUACCUGUACCUGUGCGAAUCCUGCCCUCCCUCCCUCUUCCCAACUUUCUACAGUCUUCCCCCCCCCCCCCCCCCC